AUGGACCGAUGGCAUCACCUGAACUUGUUGGACGGUGGCCUGGGGUACCAAACGGCUUAUAACGGUCUGUUCUGCCCUAUGGAAGGUCGAUGCGUGACGGGCGGGAUGCUGCAGGUUUGCGAAACGCUCUGGCAGGCGAAUGGUAUGCAAGGUGAAGUCGAGGUAAACGGGGUGUCUAGCGAGGCGGAUUCGAAAGGUGAGCCGGCAAGUGAGGUUUACGGGGACUAUUCGCUCAUGUCAUCCGGGCCGGAUGGUGAGGAGGAGGAGGAUGAUGCUGAUGACGGUAGGGCACUAGGUAUGCGCAUGAAAUCACGGAAAGAUGAGUCGACCAUAAGCGAAAGGAAGUUCGGCGAUGAGCAGGGCAGAGGUUGA